AUAUGUUUACGCAGGACAAAUGAGAAAAUUCAUCCCUCCGUUCGACGACACCGUUCAACUGGAUGAUAUGCCUGUUGAUUUUUCAGAUACUGCCCCAAUCGUUGAUGACGAUGGCAAUCAACGACGACCGGAGAUUGAAGUUCCCGACCAUGUCGUUGUGGCAUCAGAAAAUAACGAUUCCAUAUCGAGAGCUACAGCAUAUGCAUCAGUCGCAAUUCUUUUGUGCAUCAAUCUUCUCAACUACAUGGACAGAUAUACAGUAGCAGGUGUACUUAAAGAUAUCCAAGACUACUACCAAUUAGAGAACUCAGAAGAUGGCCUUAUACAGACAGUUUUUGUAAUAACAUACAUGGUGUUUUCUCCUAUAUUUGGUUUCCUUGGUGAUAGAUUUACGAGAAAAUACUUAAUGGCUGCUGGUAUAUUGUUCUGGUCAGCUGUUACGUUUUUGGGAUCAAUGAUACCAAGAGAUCAUUUUUAUGCAUUUGCAUUAAUGCGAGCCUUGGUUGGUGUAGGAGAGGCAAGUUACUCCACCAUUGCCCCAACCAUCAUAGCAGACCUUUUUACUGGAAGCAUGAGGUCCAGAAUGCUCAUGAUAUUUUACUUCGCCAUUCCUGUUGGAAGUGGCCUGGGUUACAUCGUGGGUUCUAAUAUAGCUAAAGCUUUAGGAGCCUGGCAAUGGGCUUUACGGGUAACUCCAGUUCUUGGUGUGGUGUGUGUAAUCUUGAUCCUUGUUGUCCUCAAGGAGCCCAAGCGAGGGAUGUCUGAAGGAGGAGUUACACUCCACAAUACAAGUUACCUCACAGACCUCAAGGAGGUCAUGAAGAUUCCCAGUUUUGUGUUGGCAACCAUAGGAUUUACCUGUGUGACGUUUACCACAGGUGCCCUGGCACUGUGGGCUCCUCUUUUUAUGUAUGACUCCAUUAAGGCUCAGGGAAAAGAAGCAUCUCAAGCUGGGCCUAACUAUUUAUGUGCUGGAGAACCUCUAAAGGUUUGUGUGGCAUUCACCUUUGGAAUAAUCACGGUGCUAGCUGGAUUUGUGGGUGUUGCAUUGGGUGCUGAGAUUUCACGGCGCUACAAGAAAAUAAAUCCACGUGCAGAUCCCCUGGUGUGUGCCUUUGGCCUGCUGACAUGUGUGCCGUUCCUUUUCUUUGCUCUUGUAUUAUCUCAGUGGUACACAGUGCCAACUUAUAUCCUGAUUUUCCUUGGGGAGACAAUGUUAUGUUUGAACUGGUCUAUUAUAGCUGACAUGUUAUUGUAUGUUGUGAUACCCACACGGCGGUCGACCGCUGAAUCUGUACAGAUUUUGGUUUCGCAUGCUUUCGGUGAUGCGGGUAGUCCAUACAUCGUCGGAUUGGUGUCACAGGCUCUAGCUAAGAACUACAAUGCUCCUCCCCGUUCUGCAUAUGUACAGUACAAGACGUUACAGCUAGCCCUCUAUGUCACACCAUUUAUUUGUGUCCUUGGUGGGGGAUUCUUCUUAGCCACAGCACUCUUUAUAGAAAAGGAUAAGAGCAAUGCCAUGAAAAUCACACAAGGCCAGGCCCCUGUACAGGAAGCUGGUGACACAGAUAGUUACGAUGACCCCAUCAUUCUAAGGUCUGGAGAGGCAGAGCGACUUGAUCCUUUGGCAUAGCAAGCAAGUGUAUGCCACUAACAUCUACAUCUAUGAAUAAGGAGAAAUCAACAAAUGGAGACAUUUCUCUGAAGGCAAUCGCAAGAGAUGAUGUUGACUAUGAUUUCGCAGCCAAUGGACGAACAGGGAUUUGAGGGCUAUUGUAUCCACAUAGAGCCAAUGUACACACCAAGGUCGAUAGUCUUUACUACUAAGUCAUCCAUGAAAAAUCCAACUACUGAAGCUUGUUAGUAGACUUUGAAGUGUUGCUAGGGGCCAUGUUUUAGACCACUGUCAAUGUAACAAUUUUGACGCAAGUUUUCACAAGAAAGUGAUCCUUAUCAGAAAGCUUUAUCAUAAUUCAUACUAAAGUCACUAGUCUUUAUUGGUAGUUUGAACCUUCAUUAAGGUGACCACUAGUUACUAGUCAUCACUAUGGAUUUGUCUGUAAAUCAGUGGACCAUGUCUCCGCAGACAUCCAUCACUGACCAAGACCGUCCGUUUCAUUUGACGAGGACGUCAGCAACCGUUGGUUACAUCUACCAAGGACUGGAUAAUAUUGACUACUCCUGACCAUCUAGUUCUGUGUACGAGCUGUGAUAUACAGAUGACACCAGGCUGCAAAAUCCUAUAUACUCUAAAUAUGAGUACCUAAUAAUUUGAAUCAUUUGCCAAUUUCUGAACUUCAUUUUCACCAGCAUAGAUAUGCAGGUAUUGUAAUUUGGUAUUAUGCCACAAAAAUUGAUUUCUUAGAAAUGUUUUUGUGGACAAUUGAAAUCCUUUCAUUUCAUGACCAUUCCAGGAUUCAGUGCACAAUUUUCAUUUUCUACCAAAAACAAUUUUGAAAUCUUUUAUGCGAUAUUUUACCUAUCCUGAAAUUUUAAGAAUUUUGUUUUACUGAAUUGCCAAAAAUAAACAAAUGAUAUGGAAUUCUUUCAAUACUUUCAAAUAUUUUAACUGAGUCUAGAAG